AUGUUUGCUUCAAGAAACGAAUAUGACAGAGGUGUAAACACAUUUUCACCUGAAGGCCGUUUAUUUCAGGUAGAAUAUGCAAUUGCUGCAAUUAAGUUAGGCUCAACUGCAGUUGGGAUUAAGACUAAGGAGGGCGUAAUUCUUGCAAGCGAAAAACGUAUUAACUCACCCUUAUUGGAACCAAGAUCUUUAGAAAAAAUUAUGAUGAUUGACAACCACGUUGGUUGUUGUAUGAGUGGACUAGUUGCAGACGCAAAAACGAUGAUAGAUCAUGCUAGGGUAGAAUCUCAAAAUUAUUUUUUCACAUAUAAUGAAAAUAUCCCAACUCAGUCAGUUGUCCAGGCCAUUAGUGACUUGGCUCUGGACUUCUCUGAUAUUAAAGAAAAAGGUAAAAAAAAGUCUAUGUCCCGCCCUUUUGGAGUAGCAAUGCUGAUAGCUGGAGCUGAUAGUGAUGGGAAUUCAAGCUUGUGGAUGACAGACCCCUCUGGAACAUACACCCAAUAUUCAGCAGCAGCGAUAGGUACGGCUCAAGAGGGUGCGGAAGCUAUUUUAUUAGAAAACUACAAUUCAAAUAUGUCUUUGAAGGAAGCAGAAGAUUUAGCACUUGUUGUUCUUCGACAAGUCAUGGAAGAGAAGAUUAAUUCAGUGAAUGUAGAAGUUGCCGCAGUUAAAGAAAAAAAAUUCGUUAUUUAUGAUAACGAAAAGAUUCAGAAAGUUUUGGAGCGUCUACCUCCACCUACUCAUAUUGUUCCUUCUCAGCUUUCAUAA